AGUUUGCAAAAUACAAGUCGUGGAGGGCGGGGCUCUGAAAAAGUCCAAAAAAAUCGCGGUGUCCUGUUUUAUUAGGACUAUUACGUCUGCGGCAUUCACAUUUCCAAAAGCAACGCAUCCCAGCUCAUCAAAAACGUCGUGUAGAGGCAUAGCUUAAUCGAAAAGCUUCUACACACAUCGCCCUUUCCCAGCCUGCGAGUGUAUCGCUAUAGUUACAACUACGAUGUGUUGUUUUCGUUUAAACGCCCAUUAUUAACUUCCUGGUCUAUUUUUUGGUUUCACUUUUUGUUUAAAGUGGGUUCACUGGGUGUUGAAACUGAACACACACACACACAUCUGUAGAUAAGGAGAGCCGCGCUGUUGUCCUCGCCAAUCAUUUCGGGUAACAUUCUGAGAUAAUGGUUUAGAUUGAGAGAAAACAAAGCCAAGAAGUUUUCAUUCGUGGUUGCUAAUAACAACAGCACGAGUAUAUUUUGACACUGUCCGGUCAGUCAAGCUGUGGAAUAUUGAAAAAUAAUGGCAUCGGCUGAAGACUCCAUUUCACACACUUCAAAAGAAGAUAAGACCAAUAAAGCUGAAGAGUUGGCCCUGACCCUGACUGAAGCUAUUAGUUUGGGGGACGUGGAGGCAGCCAAUCAAAGUGCAGGGCAGCUGGCGAACCUGCAGGUCUCUGUCACAGUCAGUGUCCACAAGGAUGCCUACCCAAAGGAUGAAAUCCGGAUGAAGGUGGGAGUGGAAGACGCCCAGUCCCAGUCCACAGUCCCCAUCUCCAUGGCUGUGUAUUCACACAUGACCAUCACACAGCUGAAGGAAAAGGUGAACAGAGACUAUGGUUUCCACCCGUCACUGCAGACCUGGGUGAUAGGAAAGCGCCUGGCCAAGGACCCCGACACGCUGGGGAGCCACGGGGUGAGACGGGACGGGGACACAGCCUUCCUGUACAUCAGGACAGCCAAGAAAGCACAGCUGACCAAGGAGCUGCAGCAGCGGGAGGAGGAGAGGAGACUGCUCGGGGAAAUCUACACAGCUGUCAACGGAACACUCGAAGCCCGGGGGACAGCUACCUUGACCCCCAAGAAGGAAAAGGAAGUGCUGGUGUUGGCGCCUGACCCUGCUGUAGCCCCGAAACCUCCCAAACCUGCACCCCCUCCUCUCAAACCCAAACCUAAGGUUGGCUGGGAGUGCCCUCAGUGCACCUUCCUAAACAAGCCCACCCGGCCCGGCUGUGAGAUCUGCGCCUCGGACAGACCAGUGGGCUACCAGAUCCCAGCCCAGUAUCAGCCGGACAAGGAGGAGGAGCAGAGACUGCACAGCGAGGAGAUGGCGAUGCUGCUGUACCAGGAGACGAUGGAGCUGCAGAAGGUACAAAACUUCCAGAGUCUGCUGGAUACCGAUCUGCUCAGCCUGGUCCCCAACAGCGAGGAGAUGGACUGCCCUGUCUGCUUCAACACCAUUGAGCCAGGAGAGGGCGUCACUCUGCGGGAGUGUCUGCACAGCGUCUGCAGGGAGUGCCUCAAAGGAACGAUUAUCAACAGCAUGGACCCCGAGGUGGCCUGCCCGUACGCCGACCAUGAAUACACCUGUGAUGGGAAGCUGCAAGACAGGGAAAUCAAAUCCCUGCUGUCCCAGCAGGAGUACCAGCGGUUCCUAGACCUGAGGCUCAACAUCGCAGAGAACCGCAGUGAGAACAGCUACCACUGCAAGACAGCGGACUGCCAGGGCUGGUGCAUCUUCGAGGACGAGGUGAACGAGUUCCUGUGCCCGCUCUGCAACAAACACAACUGCCUGCUCUGCAAGGCGAUUCAUGAAGGAAUGAACUGUAAGGAGUACCAGGACGAUCUCCGGAUCAGAUCGGAGAACGAUAUCGCUGCCAGGCAGACCACGGAGAUGCUCAAGACCCUGGUGGAGAAUGGGGAGGCGAUGCACUGUCCCAGGUGUAAGAUCAUCGUGCAGAAGAAGGACGGCUGUGACUGGAUCUGCUGCGUGAUGUGCAAGACGGAGAUCUGCUGGGUGACCAGGGGCCCGCGCUGGGGGCCGAAUGGUAAUGGGGAUACCUCGGGAGGGUGUGGCUGCAGAUUCAACGUGGCACGCUGUCACCCCAACUGCCAGAACUGCCACUGAGCAUCAGCCUCUCCUUCUUAUUGAACCUAAUCCAUUACAAAUAGAAAUGCACUAAAGAACUUGAGCUCGACCAUGGUCCUGUCCCUUUCAGUCGUCUCUUUUUCAUAUAUGCAGCACGUGUUCUGUCACUGAACUGAGAUCACAGCACUAAUAAUAAUACCCAGCCCCCGAGGUCACUACCACACCUGUUUCUGGCACUAAUGAUCUUUGGCCAGAUCGGUCCGUAAUCUCUGAUUUAUUCUGGAUGUGGAGGGGAUUAUUCAAACUCUAUGUCAACAAAGAUAAGAAACGUGCAUUUUAUUUCAUUUAUCAUUUUGAUCAUUUUUGAUGCAUUUUAGUGUUUGUGUUCUUCCACUGGCGGAAAAGUCGUUCCUUAGUUUUUCUCCUUGCGGUACGUAGGGAUAUCGCUGUCAGCUUGUGGUGAUGAGGUCUGAGGCAGGUUACAAAGGAUUACAGAUCGCUUUGUAGCCGGUCAGUUUGCAAGACUUUCUGAGCGGCAUGCAUAUUUGUUAAUGUGAGUAAAUGUUAAAUAGAUUUGAUUAAUGCAAAUAUAUUUUUAUGUGCUGUAUGUUAUAAAAAGGGCAUUACUGUUUAUCAGGUGGUAUAAUGUGUU